UGGUGUAGUGCUGUCAAAAGUGUUGACAAGUCAGUGCGGCGGACUGUUGUUGAAAAGGACAAUAAUAUUAAAUUGAACGGUGAAAAUAAAGCGAGUGUGUCCAAAAAUGUUGCUGAAGCUAGUCUGUGUAAUCGCAUUGACACACACAUUGGUGUCAGCUGCGCCCAAGAAGAAAGCAUCGGAGGAGCACGUUGCUGCGCUAUUUGUUAAGGACACUGGCAAUGGUGAGCUGCGCUUCUUGACCGGCACCAGCAACGUCAACCAGUUGAUCACACAAGGACAGGAUUUUCUGGAACAACUCCGCCCAAAUAGCGGUUCCAAUAAUAUACAACCAAUUUAUAUAGAUUUGAAUGGUGGCGUUCAGACUACAUCACCGACUAUCAGUACUAGUAGUACUGGUAGUGGUGGCAAUGGUGGUGCUAUAGGUGCUGUUGCUACUAAUGCUUCACCAGUUGCGGAUCUAUUACCGCAAAUUGUGGGUCAGGCUGUGGCGGGUGGUAACACAUCUCCAACAACUACUACAACAGCAGGAGGAAGGCGUCGCAUAAUAAGACGUGGCAACAAACGUCGUCAAGGCAAUCGUCGCCGUAAUCGCCGUCGCCCUGCUAAGAGAAAUCAGGGUGCCAAAGUGGUGGUAUUGCGGCCACAACAGGGUUAACUCAAGCUGUAAAACUCAAUUUUAAAGACAAAAAGCGCGUCGUAUAAAUACUCUACAAAAGGAACAAUAAAUUCUAUAAUUUACUAAAAUUGAAAGAAAAUAUUUUAUUAAAAUUCUCUAUCUAAAAUCUAAAAGUUUGGUGCUAGUUGAAAGUGUAACAGCGAAAACUUCAUAUCUUUAAGAAAGUACAUCGCGUUUUCAGUAAUUCGGUAAAAUGAAAAUACGGCGUAAGAAAAAUUAAAUUUUAUUUUUUCACCACA